GUAUUUCUGCAUCCUUGGGAGCUUUUCUCUUCCUAGCUAGUCCCUUCCCCUGCCUCUCAUCAGAAACACUCUCCUUUACCCUAACAAGCUUCGGCGGCGAUUUCUUUUCAGUCGUCUUCCCCAAAAGAUUCUGAGAUUCAAUCUUGGAAGGUUUUCAUCUGUUCUUGUGGAACUGGACAGUCUGGCUAUCGAUAAUCAACAGCAGCAGCAGAAUAAUAUUGGGUUUGUCGAGGCCAAUCACAAGAAAGUCAUGGUGAGUCCGAUAGGCCGAAUGGGGAACGAUGAAUUGGGUCCCCCGUGGCUAAAGCCACUGCUGAGAGCUAGUUACUUUAUCCCCUGCUCCAUUCAUGGCGAUUCCAAUAAAAGCGAAUGCAAUCUGUUCUGUUUGGACUGUAUGGGACAUGCUCUAUGCUCCUACUGUUUGAUCAAUCACAAAGAUCACAGCGUUGUGCAGCUUGGGUGGCUGCAGAUACGACGAUCCUCGUACCACAACGUGGUCAGGGUUAACGAGAUUCAGAAGUACCUCGACAUUUCUUGUGUUCAGACAUACAUUAUCAAUAGCGCGAAGAUUGUGUUCUUGAAUGAGCGGCCACAGCCUAGGCCUGGAAAGGGGGUUACUAAUACAUGUGAGAUUUGUUGCAGAAGCCUCCUUGAUUCCUUCAGAUUUUGCUCUUUGGGUUGCAAGCUAGGAGCUGUGAAGCGGGGUGACCCAGACCUGACGUUUACACUGAGAAUGAAGCACAGCAGGGACGCGUUCCAUGGUGGGUCGGAAUCGGAUGAGUCAUCAACCCCUAAGAAGAUUCGGAGGACGCAAAUUUUCAACCGUAUGAUGAUGGAUAGCCCUGCAAUUUCAUCUGAUGGCCACAACAAUUACGGUGGAGAGAGGUCUGCCAGUUCCGGGGACGAGGCCACUACAAACAUUUCACGGUUUUCACCCGCAACGCCUCCCAUUUUCAACCACCACAAUGCCAGGAGAAGAAAGGGUAUACCCCAUCGAGCCCCGUUUUGAGAUUAAUCAAAUCAUAUAUAGGGAGGAAAUGAGGGUAUAUUCAUACUUGUGAAGUUAUAGCUAGCUAUAUGGUGAAUUGAAGUGGGACUUUAUAAAAACUAAUCGAUAAAUGAAAUAGAAAAAAAAGGAACAAAACUGUGGGGAAAGGAAUUGCACAGACUUAGCUGUGUAAAUAUACUAGAAAGAUAAAUAGAGUGUGUUUUUACUAGGGUCCUUCAUAUAUAUUUGGUAAUUACUCUUGGGAUUUAUGUCUAAGUUAGAAAUUUUAGGAUAUAAAUAAUUGCCCAUCCUUGUACAGAUCAUUACAUAUCUGGGCUUUUGGUUGUUGGAAAGAUAUCAUAAUGGAAUGGCACCAUGCUGUCAUAUGUACAGAGAAUAUAUUUUGUGCA